CUUUCUCAGUGCGGAGCUGCGUCCUCCUCCUCCUGCUCCUCCUCACCGCUCUCAGCGCGCGCGAUGCGGGUCUCCGCGCGCGGCCCUCCGUACCAUGCACAGAGCGCCUGAGCGCGCCGCCCUCGCCCCGCCGCCGCGUGGACUCCUGACCCGGGCUCCGACAUGCCUUACUCCGCCAAACUGCUGCUCCUCAUCCUCUGCCUCAGCGCGCUCGCGGAGGGGGGCAAACACAAGAGCAGGAAGCGGAGGUGGUCUGCGAACCUGGAGGCUCACAAGCACGGAACCCCACUGUCCAAAAAAGUGGUUGAUGGAACCAAAACACGGAAGGUGAAAACGGACCACUUACUACGAGUAGAAGAUCACGAUUUUACUAUGAGGCCAGCUUUUGCAGGCCCAGCAGUACCAGUAGGAGUGGAUGUCCAGGUGGAAAGCUUGGACAGCAUCUCAGAGGUGGACAUGGACUUCACCAUGACCCUGUAUCUGAGGCACUACUGGAAGGACGAGCGGCUGUCCUUCCCCAGCACCACCAAUAAGAGCAUGACUUUUGAUGGACGUCUGGUGAAGAAGAUCUGGGUCCCUGAUGUGUUCUUCGUCCACUCCAAGCGCUCCUUUAUCCAUGACACCACCACAGACAACAUCAUGCUCAGGGUUUAUCCUGAUGGUCAUGUUCUAUACAGUCUCAGGGUGACGGUGACAGCAGCAUGUAACAUGGACUUCAGCCGUUUCCCCCUCGACUCACAGACCUGCACACUAGAGCUGGAGAGCUACGCCUACACAGACGAGGAUCUCAUGCUUUACUGGAAGAGCGGUGAUGAGUCUCUCAGCACAGACGACCGCAUCUCUCUCUCUCAGUUCCUUAUUCAGAAGUUUCACACAACCUCCAGAUUGGCCUUCUACAGCAGCACAGGCUGGUACAACCGACUGUACAUCAACUUCACUCUGCGGCGUCACAUCUUCUUCUUCCUGCUGCAGACCUACUUCCCUGCCACUCUGAUGGUCAUGCUGUCCUGGGUGUCCUUCUGGAUCGACCGCCGCGCCGUUCCUGCCAGGGUUUCCUUAGGCAUCACCACGGUGCUCACCAUGUCCACCAUCAUCACAGGAGUGAACGCCUCCAUGCCCAGAGUUUCCUACAUAAAAGCCGUGGACAUUUACCUGUGGGUCAGUUUUGUCUUCGUCUUCCUCUCUGUCCUCGAGUAUGCAGCUGUCAACUACCUGACAACAGUAAAGGACGGCAAAGACCGCAAACUCAGGGAGAAGGCAAGAGAACAGUCCCUGCCCUGUACCUGUGGGCUCUCCCACGGCAGGACUAUGAUGCUGGACGGAACGUACAGUGAAGCUGACAGUAACAGCCUGGCGGGGUACACCCGCGCCCCCAUGGCCACCGAGGAGCCCCCUGAGAAACAGGAGCGCAUGGUGGUCCACCUGUCUCUAGACAAUGAGUCCACAGGAACAAAAAAGAAAGGCCUGCGGGGCUUCCGCAUCAUCCAGAACACUCACGCCAUAGACACUUACUCUCGCAUGAUCUUCCCCGGGGCCUACAUCUUCUUCAACCUCAUCUACUGGUCUGUGUACUGCUGAACCAGCCUCAUAGCAUGGAAUACAGGCCAAGACAGUACAGGAAAUCAGGCCAUCCCUGUGCAAUCAGAGCGCUUUCAGCAGUAAUUACUGGUGGAAUCUGUAGACAGUUACGGUUUUGGUGUAAAUGAACAAAUUCAGCGAGAAGCCAGCCUCUGCUGAGACCUCAGUGACUCAUGCUAUUCAGCUGGAAAUAUAAUUGGGCUCUCGAAUAACAGGAUGUAUUUUAUCUUAUGGAGGAGUGAUGUAAUAUCUGGGGAACAAUUUGACAAGGCAAUAUCAGUUUCAGUGCUCGGACCCCCGGCACUGCACCAUAAAGUCUGAUUGACACUAUCACAAGAGACUUGGUAAAAGCUCAAAUCUACCCAGCAGUUCUUUCUUUGCGUUAGAGGGCAUGCACUGCUCGGUGGGAUUUAAUCAACUUCUUUCUCAGCUUGGCUCACUCUCCCCCUCAUCUAAAUUCCUGGCUGUGCUGACGUCACGCCUCCGCCAUGGCUGAGCUGUGUGUGUUUGAACUCUUCGAAUUUGUGAAUUCUGUGCUUUCUGCAUUAUCAGUUUUAGUCCUGCAACUAGCUGUUAUUGCUUAUUAUGGCAUUUCAGAUCCCACACCAAACCAUACACUUCAAAAAGGGGAACUCUUUUACAUUUACCUCCAUUCAAAUGUACCAGCAUUAAUGCAUGAGUCAAGGCAGGAAUUUUAUAAGGACAAGGACGAUUUAAUAUCACUUUAAUUUUAGCCAGUUACACUAAUUUAAUCCCAUACUUUAGAUGGCAGUAUUAUGCACUCACUUGUCCACAUGCCUAAAUACUUACCUUGUAUUUCCACUCAGUGGCCACUUUAUGAGCUCCUCUUACCUUAUAAGUGAUGAAGUAUGAAAUGAUACAAUUAUAAAAUUACCAAGCUGUAGCCAAUUUAUUGCACUGUUUAUCAGUCACCCUAUACUUCUUUGACAGCUGAUUAAUUGACUACUGAGCUAAUGUUAACCAGACAGUAUUUGAGGGGUGGACCAUUCUAAAAUAGAGGAUACCUGUAUCUUAGUUUAAGUACUUAACUGAGAUUAAAAAAGUGAUCAUUAAUAAAGGGCUAAAACAUGAUUAACACAAACAGUGCAUUAUCACUUAAAGGAGAACUCCGGUUUAAAAUUGACUUUUGGUGUAGUAAAACAUAAUAAACUGUACUAACCUGUAGCUUUCCGAGAUCCAGUAAUUGUGUGCUUUUUGUCCAGCACUCUUACUGACGGGUGCUUCCGGGCAUAAUUUUCCCUGAUAAAUCACUUUUUACACUGCUAUCCAGGCUUAAAGUAGCUCCACACCUCAUUGGUAGAAUCUUAAGUGCCCUGACAUUUAAAAUGAGGCAUUAAUAAUAUAAAAAGUGCUCAAGAAGCUUAUUAAAACCAUAUGUCUGUCUUUGUAAAAGAG